AUGUCAGAGCAUAAUAUAUAUCAGUGAGUAGACUAGUUUCAUUCAGUAGUCACAACCACCGUACACAUCAACACUGCCUCUCCCUCUCCAUCUCCAUCUCCAUCUCCGGCAAUCUGACGUUUGUUGACCGGAAAGUGCUGAAACAGCUCACUGAAAAGCUGACGUAAUCAUGGAUGUUGAUUUCUGGCCCUCGAGAGUUCUCCCUGCUAAGCAUCUAUCUGCUGUACAAGCUGCUAAAUACACCACAGAUCAUCAUUUGCUAAUAGAUGAUUCAGAUGGAGAUGACGAUGCCAGAGCUUACUUUCCAUGCCCCUUUUGUUAUGUAGACAUUGAAAUCCAUGUGCUUUGCAGCCAUCUGCAGAAUGAACACUGCUUUGACUUAAAAAAUGCGGUUUGUCCUCUUUGUGCAGCAAAUCUUGGUAAAGAUGUGAUUGGGCAUUUCAUAGUACACCAUGCAAGUUCAUUGAAGCGCAGGAGAAAAUCUCUAAAAUCUGGUCCCUGGAUUGGCAGUUCAGCUAUGAUAAACAAGGACCUUGGUUCAUUUCUUGGAUCUUCAGCAAAUGGCAGGGCAAACAUAAAUGAAGCUGCACCAGAUCCACUUCUCUCACCAUUUCUUGGAGGUGUAUCCCAUUCACACCCUAAAGGAAGUGAGCAAGAUGAAUCUUGCAAAAUGAGUGCUCAUUCUGCUAGCUUUGAGAUCUCUUGGCAUGGUGGAGGCGACAAGCUAGACUCUGAAGAGAGAAGGCAGAGAGCAGCAUUUGUUCAACAGUUGAUUGCCUCGACCAUCAUCUAAAGCUCCGUUAUGCAGAUGAUGCAAAGGGAUGAUGCAUCACCCGUGUCAUUCAUCACCAAACCAAUCAAUGAUUCUGGCAUCUACAGUCACUGGGGUUUUUUAGUACUGGUGCAUGAGUAGUCUCCAUAUUAGGUGUUGUAGGAAUAAUAUUCCUGGGGUGGAUGAUUGUACGUAAAUGUGUCUCUAGAUCUUCUCCGAAAUAUGGGACAACAAAACAGGACAUUUGUAGUAUUAAAUCUUAAUGCUAAAGCUGAAUCUUGGAUUA